AAUUGGGAGGGAGGGUUCUCUGCUUUACAACUAACAUUUCUGGUGUAAUGCUUACAGAUCCAUACACUAAUUGGAACCAACUGUGCUCUCUAAUUAGUAAAGAAUAAUUUGAUGAAAUAUCUUUGGAGAUUAAUAUAGAUAAGAUAGGAUGUAGGUUUACAGUAUGCUAAGUAAUGCACAGCUGGCUCCCUUCCUGAUGAAGCAGUUUUCCUGCCCAUAAUUUUAACAAAGUGACAUACUUUAUCUUUUUCUCAUGGUAGAUGCCACUGGUUAAAGCUGAACUGCCUCUGAUGUGUAUCAUAGGCCUUCUGCCUCUUCCCAUCCUGUCACUCCACUCUACCCCCUUUUUUUUUCAUUCACCCCAUUCUCUCUCUCUCUCUCUCUCUCUCUCUCUCUCUCGACCUCUGGCCGUUAUGAAAACUUUACUUUAGGUAAAAAUAUCAGGGUUGUUUGAUCAAGUAAGGAACCGUCUGUACAUAUUGAAAAAAAAAAAAAGUAAAAAAAAAAAAAAAAAACUUAGUUGUAACAGCAGCAGCAGUACCAUCGGAAAUUUGAGCGCCUCCAUCAAGAAAUAUAGAUCCUAGUCUACGAACAUACAAGGUGACAAAACGUGAUGCAGUACGAGAACUUUUCCUGAACAUUAUGACAACUAUCACAGCCAAUUUAAGCCAGUGGAUUGCUCUUCACAAUCCUCCCUCUCUUGUGUUUGUUUCGUAUGUCAGUGCAUCGCAUCGAGGCAGCCAGUGCGCACAUCACUCACUAGUCUCAUUAACAAAGCGAUUUCACAUGGCUCGCUAUCAAUGUUUGGCGAGCGUAAACAGAAAUAAUUAGUGACCUUAAACGGUGGGGUGGAGAGGUUAGUGACAACGUAAACUGUGGCUCUGGGCGGCGCCUCGCAAGGCUUAGACUUGCAAAAGCGAUAAUGAUGAGGCCGCUGUUACUGGUCGUGGUGCUUUUCGCCAUCACCGGGGAGGCGUGUAUAAGAAGAGAUGGACGAGAAGCUGGUGUUGAUGUAGAGGGAUAUACAAGUUAUGUCAGAACGUCAUCACCAAUACUCAUCACAGCCGAGCCCCACUACCACCAGCACCACCGCCACCACCACCACCACUACCUGCACAACGCUACAGGGACUCACCAGCAAGAGGCUUCACACGUUGGUCAUGACGCGGCGCUGCUUCACUUUAGCGGAAGGAGGAACGCAAGGCGAAGAGCACCAGUCAGAUGGAAGCAGAGGCAGCAUCGUGGCGGCAGGCGUACGGCGGGCGUGAGGGUGGUGGUGGAGGGCACAGCGGAGGCGGGGCCAUUGCCACACUUCUGGCGCAGCACUGGCCUCAGCCCUCCACUGCCACACUCCUCACUUCAACCCUUCCUGCUCAGCCCAGACGAGCUCCUCAACCUGGCUGUAGUGGGCUCCCUCCCGCACGAAGCCAUCUCCCAGGUCCGCAUCCACUGGCUCUUCGGCCUCGUCAACGCUACUCUGACCAGCGGAUCCCCUCACUACAACUUCACCCAGCUUGACACUCUAAUGACGCACCUCCACCAGCACCACCUCCGGCCUGGCUUUGAACUCAUGGGGAAUCCAGGCGGCAUCUUCACUGACCUAGAGAACGCCACGCAGAUCAGCUGGUGGCGCCUCCUGGUAGAGCAGACGGCGGCGAGAUACGUGGAACGCUUCGGGCUGGACUGGGUAUCCUCGUGGCGCUGGGAGACGUGGAACGAGCCUGACCAUCACGACUUUGAUAACCUUCCCUUCACAGUGCAGGGCUUUCUCAAUUACUUCGAGGCGUGUCGGGCUGGGCUGCUUGCCGUCUCGCCACGGCUUAGGCUGGGAGGGCCCGGGGGUUCCUGCCGCGAUCCGUCCUUCUCCCGCAUGUGCUGGGCGCUGCUGGACCACUGUGACCGCCGCGCCCCCGCUCGCUGCCUCGACUACAUCUCGGUCCAUAAGAAAGGGCAGGCGGACGCGGACAGCAUACUGACGCAGGAGCUUCUUACCUCAGCCAUGAUUCGCAGCACCUUCCCAAACCUUCGUCACGUUCCUCUGGUUAAUGACGAGGGAGACUUCUUGAAGGGGUGGUGGCGGGGUGUAGAGUGGCGUGCGGACAGCCGAUACGCCUCCUUGGUAGCUCGAGCUGUCGCCAUCCAUCUCUCCGCCCUCACUGUCCUGCGCUACGAACUACUCAGCUUCGACAACGCCUUUCUCAACUAUAGACCAAGCUUCUUCGACCAGAGGACCCUUGUGGCGAGGUUUCAGAUGAACUCUACGUCCUGCCGCCACGUGCAGCUGGUGAAGAAACCCGCCUACGCCGUGAUGGGCCUUCUCUCACUCCUCGGAGACCGCUCAAUCCGCCACACACUUCAGGGAUUUGACGACAGGCUCUCGGUCAUCGCCUCCUGCCGCCACUGUCACUCCAAGGUCGCCACGUCGCUAUCAAUUCAAGAAGUUCACGAUCAAUCGGGCGCUGAUCAGGAAACUGGAAGCGAAGGAGAGGCACCCGACCACGACUUACAUGUUUAUUCCGGUGACAACUCUCCGGAAAUGCGAGCUAGGUUAGGAAGGGCAGAGAAUGAUAAAGAAACGAGAGAUGGAGUAGCGGAGGAAGAAGAAAGAGGAAGAGGAGGAGGAGGGAAUAGAGAAAGCUAAGACAAA